AAGAAAUUGAUUACACGAUUUUUUAGUCAAAAUUACCAUAUCCAACUUUUAACAUGUUAGCAUUUUCCUUUAUUUUAUCACAAAAUUUUAUUUUGUUUUAGGUGCUACAAUGUUUGUAAAAAAAACUAUAGUGAUUUUAUUUUAUAUGUAUUGUUUGUUAUUAAAAAAAAACGGCCCAUUCGGCCCCCCGUCUCAUUGAUUUCUAGAUCCGUCCCUGUGUAGGGCACCCGAGAAAAUGGAUGGGGUGGCAAAAAGUAAAUCUCUAACAUAUUUCUUUCCAUAUUUUUUAUUUUAGCCCAACCCAAAUAACUUUAGAUUAUUUUGGGCCAGCCCAAUACAAAUCGCAAAUUCGUUCUCUACCCUAAGCUUCACCAUAACCAUUUCUGCAUAUUUGUUCUAGCACCUUCUUCUUCUCCGGUGCAACGCAACGCUCUAAGUCUAUACAUUUCACCACCGCAUAGGUUUCAAAGUUCAAUCUCACUUCACUUCUCGCCGGAAGUAAACCGAAUCUAUUUCCUGUUGCUUUCGAGCUUAUCCUUCUUCAACAAUGUCGACGGUAAUGCAGAAAAUCAAAGACAUCGAAGAUGAGAUGGCAAAGACUCAAAAGAACAAGGCAACUGCUCAUCAUUUGGGGUUACUCAAGGCUAAACUUGCAAAACUGCGGAGGGAACUCCUUACACCUACAACUAAGGGAGGUGGAGGUGCUGGCGAAGGUUUUGAUGUUACCAAAAGUGGGGAUGCAAGAGUUGGUCUCGUGGGCUUCCCUUCAGUUGGCAAGUCUACUCUGCUGAAUAAAUUGACUGGGACAUUUUCAGAGGUUGCUUCCUAUGAGUUCACUACCUUAACUUGCAUCCCAGGUGUGAUCACAUAUCGUGGAGCUAAAAUUCAGUUGCUGGAUCUCCCUGGAAUUAUUGAGGGUGCUAAGGAUGGAAAGGGCAGAGGAAGGCAGGUUAUUAGUACCGCAAGGACAUGCAAUUGCAUUUUAAUUGUUCUUGAUGCAAUAAAGCCAAUAACUCAUAAGCGUCUUAUAGAAAAGGAGUUAGAAGGAUUUGGUAUAAGGUUAAACAAAGAGCCACCAAACCUGACUUUCAGGAGGAAAGAAAAGGGUGGCAUCAAUUUCACUUCAACUGCUACAAACACACAUCUUGAUCUUGAUACUGUGAAGGCUAUAUGUAGCGAGUACAGAAUUCAUAAUGCAGAUAUUACUCUAAGGUACGAUGCCACUGCUGAUGACCUUAUAGAUGUCAUUGAAGGCAGUAGAAUAUAUACACCCUGCAUCUAUGUUGUGAAUAAGAUUGAUCAGAUCACACUUGAGGAACUGGAGAUCUUGGAUAAGCUUCCUCAUUACUGCCCUGUCAGUGCACACCUGGAGUGGAACCUUGAUGGACUUCUGGAUAUGGUUUGGGAGUAUCUCAGUUUAACUCGUAUUUAUACUAAACCUAAAGGUAUGAAUCCUGAUUAUGAAGACCCUGUAAUAUUGUCAUCCAAGAAGAAGACAGUUGAAGACUUCUGUGAUCGCAUUCACAAGGACAUGCUUAAACAGUUUAAGUAUGCUCUGGUCUGGGGUUCAAGUGCAAAACACAAGCCUCAAAGAGUCGGCAAGGAACAUGAACUUGAGGACGAAGACGUUGUUCAGAUUAUCAAGAAAAUAUAAACUCGUAGUCAGACUUCUUAAAAUGGACCACAAUGCCUGCAUGAGAUACUAGAGGGUGUCUGUGAAGAAUCAAAGGUCUCCUUGUAAAGUUUUCUCCAGGGUUGUUGGAUCACACUACAAUUACUUGUUUCUUAUUAGCGAUUAGGUGAAAUACAUAGUGUGAUGGUUAGUUAAACCAUUUGCUGUCGAGGGGUUCUGUUUUUCUGUUAGUUUUGGAAAUGAUGCAUCUUGCGGGAUUAUACGUCUUUAACAGAAUAAUUGGGGCCUUUUUUUUUUUUGUGAAGACUAAUAUGAUUUGCUGGAUAUUUAAUUAGCAUUGUGAUGGGUCUAGGUGAAUAUUCAGGUAUGCUUAUGCUGGACAGUUUGGUACUACAUUUAUGUAAAAUUUCAUUUAUGCUU